UUUAAUUUUCGGGGGUGGGGGGGCGGGGGGGGCUCCGCGAUGGAAGCGAAUGGGAGCCCGGGCACCUCGGGCAGCGCCAACGACUCGCAGCACGACCCCGGUAAAAUGUUUAUCGGUGGACUGAGCUGGCAGACCUCACCAGAUAGCCUUAGAGACUAUUUUAGUAAAUUUGGAGAAAUCAGAGAAUGUAUGGUCAUGAGAGAUCCCACUACGAAACGCUCCAGAGGCUUCGGUUUCGUCACGUUCGCGGACCCAGCAAGUGUAGAUAAAGUAUUAGGUCAGCCCCACCAUGAGUUAGAUUCCAAGACGAUUGACCCCAAAGUCGCAUUUCCCCGUCGAGCACAGCCCAAGAUGGUCACAAGAACAAAGAAAAUAUUUGUAGGCGGGCUGUCUGCGAACACGGUGGUAGAAGAUGUAAAGCAAUAUUUUGAGCAGUUCGGCAAGGUAGAGGACGCAAUGUUGAUGUUUGACAAGACGACCAACAGGCACAGAGGGUUUGGCUUUGUCACAUUUGAGAAUGAAGAUGUGGUGGAGAAAGUCUGCGAGAUCCAUUUCCAUGAGAUCAAUAAUAAAAUGGUAGAAUGUAAGAAAGCUCAGCCGAAGGAAGUCAUGUUCCCACCUGGGACAAGAGGCCGGGCCCGGGGACUACCUUACACCAUGGACGCAUUCAUGCUUGGCAUGGGGAUGCUGGGGUACCCCAACUUUGUGGCGACCUAUGGCCGCGGCUACCCAGGAUUCGCUCCCAGUUAUGGCUACCAGUUCCCAGGCUUCCCAGCAGCAGCCUAUGGACCGGUGGCAGCAGCAGCUGUGGCAGCAGCCCGAGGAUCAGUCCUGAAUAGCUACAGUGCUCAACCGAAUUUUGGCGCGCCCGCUUCCCCGGCAGGCUCCAACCCGGCGCGGCCCGGAGGCUUCCCAGGGGCCAACAGCCCAGGACCUGUUGCUGAUCUCUACGGCCCUGCCAGCCAGGACUCCGGAGUGGGGAAUUACAUAAGCGCGGCCAGCCCACAGCCAGGCUCGGGCUUCGGCCACGGCAUAGCUGGACCUUUGAUUGCAGCGGCCUUUACAAAUGGAUACCAUUGAGCAGGUGCUUUCGCUGCCAUCUCACUCCGAGAGCAUCCCUGGAUGUCCAGGCAAGACUGGGCGAAGUUUCUGAGUGGCCCUUUGUUUAGGUGAUGACAUCAGACCUGGACCCCCACCAGCUCACUCCCCAUCCCAACCAGAGAUGGCUCACUUCGGAUCAGGUGGCCGGUAUCUCAUCAUCUCACAGUUCUGCUGUAAUAUACGACAACAGCUUUUCAAUGUGUAUAUAACCCAUGAUUUUGGUUUGGUUUGGUUUGGUUUCUCUUGAUGGUUUCCCUCCCCUACCCCCCUUUCUCCUUUUUAAAUCUCUUUGAAUCACAUUUGGUAGUGAUUUUGAUGUAGUCCAGUAGUCAUAUAGCUUUACUAUCUAGUUAAAAGCUAACCAUAGUAGAAUUAUUAUCUUAAGGUAUUAUUUUUUCUUUCGAGAAAAAAAAAACAAACAACUUUUUCUCCCCUGCUUGUUUUGAUUCUGUUCUCACUUUUAAAGGAUGCUGAGAUGGUAAAAUGACUCUCAAAUGUUUUGGUACCAGUUCUGAGACUGUCUGAACCUCCAGGUGGGACUUGAGUGUACACAGGAACGCCCGUGCAGAGUGGGAGUGGGGCGUGAAGUCUCCACACUGCGUGGUGCGCCCGUGAGAUGUAGUCAGCUGAUCCACAGACUUACUAGCGGUUUCUUUUCUGUGACGUCUCUUUGUUACCCCAAGUCUCUCUCUUUCUCUCUCUCUUUUCGGCAAUAAGGGAAGGACGACGAAUGUUUGCAGUGUCCUCCUUUCCUCUGAGUGCUUUUUCUGUUGUUGUUGAAAGAAGUGAUAUUAUAAGGUUUUUUGACAUUGUGAAUUCUACAAAAGAAAUGUUGUAAAUACAAUUCCAUUAACUACAUAGAAACUAUUAAGAAAGAGAGAAUCAAAAUGACAAAUAUUUUUGUGAGGGAGUUGGUCACAGGCAGUGCGAGGCUGGGGCGAGGAGAGAGGAGGCCUCUGGGGGAAUGAGUUGGGAGAUGAGCCUCGAGCUGCUGGCCGCCCCGGGCAGUUAGAACACUGUUUAGCUCCUUUUGUCUGUGUGUUAGACCUAAGAAAUGUAUUCGUGUCAUACCAGCAUAUUAACUUGUCUGUGCACAGCUUCCGGUGUUACCGUCUAGUUAGAUUUUUAUUUAAAAUAUGGAAAAACUGCUUUUCCCAAGACGUUUUUUAAAGACAAAGCUACAAUUUUAAUAUUUAACAUAUUUAAAGUUUCAAAGCACACCUGUUUGGCUUGGGUGGGGAAGGGUGGGGACAUUUCUUUUUCAGUCUUAAUUUUUAACUAUUUGAUCAUUUUCUAUUGUCCAAUCAUUUCAGCACCUCCUAAGGUUCCCUAGGACACUCAGCCUCUCUUCUCCCCCUGCCCUCCCCGUCCAAAUGGGUUGGUUCCUCGCUGCAGGCACCCCCAGGUCAGGUGUGGGCAAGCCUGCAUUCAUGAAACCUUUCUCCAUUGACUUUCCAUCUACAAAUUAGGAAAGCACCCUUUUUGGUUUAUAUGUUUUUUUUUAAUACCUCAGUGCUGCAAGUAUCACCAGAGAGGCUAUGGAAGAAUUCUUCUUUUUUUAAUUUAUUGUAGAUGUAAACAGAAUUUUAAAGAUUAAAAAGUAUAAACAUCGCUGCACUGUGACGGGUGGGGAAAACUGACAGUUUCCUGUUUGCACAUAUUGAGCAUUUUGGCUGUUAUAAUAUAUGGUCCUCGGUCGGGGAAAGAGACUUAUGAUGAAGGAUAUUUUUUAAUUUAACUUUUUUUUAAUAUUGGUAAUAGGUUGGCAACAGCAACUAUAGAAGUACAACUCAAUAGAUGGCAUUAAAACAUAUUGUAGUGUGGAUAUAUAUUUUUUCUUUUUUAAAAUGUGAUAUUGACGUUUUAUUAAUAUUUUUUAAAUUGUUACGUUUAUAAAUUUGGUACUUAAGGCACAGCCAGUAUGAGACACUGAAUGCGACAUUUAUUAUAAAGAGCUGCUGCACUCCUAUUUUUAUAAAUUUUACUAACAAGUAGACUAAUGUAGACAUUCACAGACAUGGUAGGGAAAAAGCAUCUUCCAACAAAAGGCUCCAAAAUGCUAACUCAGAAUGGGAGGGGAGAAAAAAAAAAGUUCAAUUUUAAUUAAACAGCUACGACUUUUUUUUUUUAAUCAUGUUAUCUUUUCAGUAAGAUCUUAAGUUGUUUGGUGAGGUUCGAUUUUUAGUUUUGGUUUUGUUGUGUUGUUGGUUUUUUGUUUUUUGUUUUUUUUUCAGUUUCCCUUUUAUGUUUUAUUUCCAAACAACCAGGUUAAAGUAAAAUGCUGGGCGCUUUUAAAAUACCCAAACAAGUUAUAAAAUGACAAAAUCUACGUUUUCUUUAACAAAACAAAGAGGAAAAUAAAAUGAGACAAUGAGUCCCCAGCAACCCCGUGUGUAGACUCGGGUGCCUGCGGACACUUAGUCCUCGUUGGAGAUGUUCUCUGCCACCUUCCUUUCUCCGCAUCCCCCAUCGCCUCAUACAAGACCUUUGGUUGACCGUGGUCUGUUAAUAAUGUAUAAAAUGGCUAUCUUGUAAGCGUGCUGUCCUGGUACUAGUCUAGUGACUUUGUUUCUCCUCUUUCUUCUAGUACAUAUUGAUAGGUAUAACGUAACUAAGGUUUAAAAAAAUUAGACAUAGUUAUUCCGAUUUAGGACCAGUAAGGAUAGAACUUUCUCUUAUUUAUGAAAAAAAAAAAGCUAAUCAUUUGGGGGCAAUUUUUUCCUUUCCAUUUUUUUUCCAAUUUCAAGUUUUAAUUUUAUUUUUUGCUGAUCUGAUGUGGUUUCAACUAACCCAAGGUCUCACGAUAUUCCAUUGCCGGCAGACUCGGCCGUGUCUUGUAGAUUCCCACCCCACUGUGGAUGGGGUGUGCCAUACUACCUUAAAUGCUAAUGCUAGAUAUGCAAAACUGGAUUUUUUUAAUUUAUUUUUUAAAAGAGGGAGGCAUGGUAUAUUAAAAUGAUUUUACUAAGAGAAAAAAAAAUAUUUUUUUAAGAAUGCUCAGAAGAAAUUGAUAAUCUGUGUGAAUAUGUUUUAGAUGUUUAUAAUACCUUUUGACGAGACCCAGUAGCCCAUAGCACAAAUCUUGUGGAAAUCUGAUCUGUUUUCAUGUGGCUACCUAGGUUAAGGUUCACGUUAGUCCCCCCACCCACCCACUCAUCUAGAAGUCCAUCUCGAACAAUUUUUGUAAAUUAUUUUAGCUCAGAUGUUCAGCCUGUCUUUGUUUCACUUGAGCUCAAUGGCGAACAUGGGGGAAACACCCACCGCCUUCCCAGGGGGAGUUCUCCUCUUCUUGGGCUGAUGGCUUUUCCCCACAAUCAUAAAGUAGCACCCGUGGGUGACUUUGUGGUUUCCAGAUCCAUCUGCCUGGGAAGCCCCACCCCAGUCCCCCACAGCUCCUCUCCUUCCAAGCAGAGGAGAGUGAGUGAGCAGCAAUCGCUCCUGGACCACACAUUCCUGGUUCUGCAGGGACGUGGAGCUUGGUGGGGUGGCCAGGCUCACGGUGUCCUCCCCGGAGCUGGCUGACCCGCUUUGUGGCCUUCCUCACACCCAUUGGGAAAAACCAAACCGCCUCACACUCUCUCUCCUAACUCGCUCAUUGGCUUGAUGCAAACGAAGCCCAAACAGGCCUUUGCGUUUGAAUCCUUCAUAAAACUUCAUCCUAAUUUGAACUCGUAGCUCGGACUUUAAGGUAGCAUGGCUCUAUUGCUGUCAAUCUACUGCUCCACUGCACAGCAAUUCACAGCCAGUGAAUGUUACACACAUCUUGCUAGACUAGUAGAAAAAAAAAUCAUUGGGUAAUUGUUGGUUCUAAUGACCUGAAAGGUGUUCAAUUUUUAUUUUGUUUGUUUUUUAAGUUUCUUUGGGGGUGGGGAAGUGUAGUUGGGUCUUUUUGUUGUUGG